AUGGCCGACCAGCGCCUCGAUGAGGGCCGCCCGCGAGUAGCGUCCACAACGUCGACAACCACCAUGUCUGGCCCUCAUGCCACGACCACGACCACGACCAGCUCUUCAGCUGGGCCAGGGGCAACCGUGACUUAUCAUGGGCCCAACUCCACUACUAUCACCCACCCAACCACCACGACUACUACCCAGAUACCCCAAUCACCAUCUCACGUGCCCCAAACACCGCCUCAGAUCCCACAAACACCACCUCAGAUCCCACAAACACAACCUCAGAUCCCACAAACACAACCUCGGACCCCCCAAACGCAGGCCCAUACACCUCCCCCACAGGUGCCGGCGCCCACGGCUGCACCCAUCACCAGGACGCGCACGGGUUCUAUCCGCUUACGGAGACCUUCUUCAGGGCAGGAUAUCGCUCUUGCACAACCUGCACCGGCUGCGCACCUGUUGCAGUCAAUACCACAAGCACAGCCAAUGCCAGUGACGCUGCAACCUCAGCCAGCGACAGACAACAGCUGGGUGGGACAGGGCAAUCGCAGGAGAAGCAGCUCUGAGCCCCACCGUCCAUCUGUGGCAGUGCUGGAAGCGGAGCACGCGUUAAGGCACCAUCCUACAGCCACCACCCCACUGCAGCCACUGUAUGAGAACCCAUCGCAGACAGGAGCCAAUGUCAGCGCAGGACCGCUGUCCUCUCGAGGUGGCAGCAAGAGGAGGCCCGGCAUGAAUAGGAUGACCUCGGCCAUCAACAUUCGUCGUAGAGACCACCAGCGCAAGGAUCACCAGAUCGACAACGACAUGGUUGACAUGCUUGAUGUCAUCGAUCCCGAGGUAUCUGCCUUAACCACUCUGAAUAACGUUCAGAACUCGCUCUUCCUGCCCAAUCUGCCAUGGCUUUACAAUCGCCAGCCGACGUACGACCUGAUGCAGUCAGCAUCAGAAUCAUCCGACGAAGAGAUGGGCACAGUGCCAGCGUGUGCAGCAAGUCGCGACGAUAGGUUAGCCAACAUGACACAACCAGGAGAACACGAACAGGCGUCUCGUGGCGAGCUUCAGAGAACCGACACCAUCGAUUCGACACUCUCGACACUCGAAGAAGGGCCGGGCCAUCACUUUGCGGUCCUACCUCACGGAACCUCGCUUCCCGGGUGGACUGACGAGGAGAAGGAUGCUUUGGACGAUCACGUGCGCCAUCUGCUCCACUCACGCCGAGCCAAGUUCAAGCGGUCUAUGCGCGGUUUCGGCCGCUACUGUCGCAACCCCCUCGGUCUCAUUGUCACCCUCUACUUCUUCUUGAUCACCUUCUGGGGAGCUGCCUGGGUUCUCUUUCUCAUUGGUUGGAUUUCUGUUGGUGGCCGACAGGCGUACUUUGUCGAGAUCUGCGAUCAGGUCUUGACGGCCCUUUUCUGCGUUGUUGGUAUCACCAUGUUCCCAUUCCGACUAUACGACACGUACCACAUGUCCUUCGUUGCCUAUUUUGCCCACAGGACCUGGCGCUUGCGAAAAGAGCGUGGAUUGAAGGACUUGAAAGACCACAACGAGCUGCCCGCUAUGCCUCCUCAGUCCACUCCAUAUGACACAGCAGAGGAGAUUGAAGAGGAAGUGCGUAUCGAGGCACCGGUUCUCAAUGACGAAGAGCAGAAAAAGCUAGAGUACCAUCAGGGCAAGCUGGCCAAGUCGCACACCUUCUACCGACCGCACGAAACGUACACUCACCACGCCUUCUCCAUCCGCCUCCUGAUCACCAUCGUCGUCCUACUGGACUGCCACUCCAUGUUCCAAAUCGCUCUUGGUGGCACAACAUGGGGCAUCUAUUACAAAGUUCGACCGAAGGCCCUCACAGCUGUCAUCCUUGCGUGUAGUCUUACAUGCAACAUCAUUUCUGGCAUCAUCAUUGGUAUUGGUGACAAGCGCAGUCGCAAGACACUAGUGGUGGAGCAAAUGAUGCGACAAGGUCUUACAGAAGAGGCGCUGAAGAAGUUGAGGAAAGAACGUGGGCUCAAGGCUAGGGGCCUGCCCACCAAAGAAAAGAAGCAGCAGAUGCAGCGAGAGAUUGGCGAGAAGAAGAAGAACCCUCUGGACACUAUACUGCACCGGGGUUAA